AUGGCGAGGCCACGAAGAACAUCAAUAUCCUCGGAGACUUCAAUUCCUGAGGGCACACAGGUGGGUUGUUUCGCCGACCUUCCAAACAGUGCAACCACACUUAUGCUGACCUGGUCUGCACGUCAGGAACUAGGUAGCAUGUACGACUACCUGGCCAAAGUCAUCCUCCUUGGUCCCAGUGGUGCUGGCAAAUCCUGCCUCCUCCACCGCUUCCUCAAAUCCGAAUGGCGCACCUACUCCUCGCAAACCAUCGGCGUCGAAUUCGCCAGCAAGAUCAUCAAAGUCGGGCCCUCCACGCGCCGAAAACGGAUCAAGCUCCAACUUUGGGACACCGCGGGAACCGAAAGAUUCCGCUCCGUGUCGAGGUCCUACUACCGUGGAGCCGCGGGCGCGAUCUUGGUGUAUGAUGUCGCGUCCUCGGCGUCGUUCGAGGCCCUGCCGACAUUCCUGAUGGAUGCCAGAGCCCUGGCGUCGCCGAAUCUGACGGUGCUGCUGGCGGGGAAUAAGCAGGAUCUUGCUACGAUUACGACGACUACUACUACAACUACUAUGGAUGGCUCGAUACGCGCCAAUGCGAAUGGACAUGCGAUUCAGCCAGAGACACCCUCCAGCGUUUCAAGUAAACAGUCCUUCUUCCCACUCGAUGCCGGGGGCGGCGCCGGAUCGCUCCGCUCGCCCAGCGGCACCAGCGUCCCCAGCACCAUGGGCUCCAAACAGACGGCCACCACCGCGCCCUUCGGCCGCGAAGUCAGCAGCGACACGGCCUCGCGAUGGGCCUCCAAAUCCAACAUCCCCGUCUCGGUCGAGGUCUCGGCGCUCUCCGGCGAGAACGUCGACGAGCUCUUCUCGCGCCUGGCCAGGAUGAUCCUGACCAAGAUCGAGCUGGGCGAGAUCGAUCCCGAUGAUCCGCAGAGCGGGAUCCAGUACGGCGACGUGGGAAUAUGGAACGGGGGGGACAUGGGCAGCAUCAAGUCCGCCGAGGAUGACACGACGCGGAGGCGCGGGGCCAAGAAGACGCGGAGGAGAAGUGGCACCAACACCUGGAUCGGCGGCAUGAGGGAGUGGGAGGAUGUCUUUCGCAUUUCUGGCGCCAGUUCCAGGCGCAGGGGCGCAUGUUGCUAG